CCUUCCCCAUUUCUUCUUAUCCUUUCUUUCUCGCUCGGUAAAGAUUGAGCAAUUCUUGUUCAAUUUCUAGUGUUGUCAUCCCUUGUUCAUUCUUCCUCAUUAUUUAAUAUCGAAUGCUCUUGAAUUCUAGAUUGUUCAUUCACUAGGGUUUUAUGGGGUUUUGAAGAAUUGCAGUUAGAAGCAAAUGGGGAAUCUUUUCUGCUGUGUGCAAGUGGACCAAUCCACAGUGGCUAUCAAAGAAAGAUUUGGACGAUUUGAAGAAGUUCUUCAGCCAGGGUGCCACUGCUUGCCAUGGAUCCUUGGAAGUCAACUUGCCGGUCAUCUCUCUAUUCGUGUGCAGCAACUAGAUGUUAAAUGCGAGACCAAGACAAAGGAUAAUGUCUUUGUCAAUGUUGUUGCUUCAGUGCAAUAUCGUGCCCUGUCUGAGAAGGCCAGUGAUGCUUUCUACAAACUUAGCAAUACAAAGACCCAAAUCCAAGCCUAUGUUUUUGAUGUAAUUAGAGCAAGUGUUCCAAAACUCCUCUUGGAUGAUGCUUUUGAACAGAAAAAUGAUAUCGCCAAAGCUGUGGAAGAGGAGCUUGAGAAGGCCAUGUCAGCUUAUGGAUAUGAAAUUGUUCAAACACUGAUUGUUGAUAUUGAGCCAGAUGAGAACGUGAAGCGGGCUAUGAAUGAAAUCAAUGCUGCUGCAAGAUUGAGGCUGGCAGCUACUGAUAAGGCAGAGGCAGAGAAGAUCUUGCAAAUCAAGCGAGCUGAGGGUGAGGCUGAGUCUAAGUACCUCCAUGGUGUCGGUAUUGCUCGCCAGCGUCAAGCAAUUGUGGAUGGUUUGAGAGACAGCGUGCUCGGAUUCUCCGGUAAUGUACCAGGGACGACUGCAAAAGAUGUCUUGGACAUGGUCCUUGUCACUCAGUAUUUCGACACUAUGAAAGAAAUUGGUGCUACCUCCAAGUCUUCUGCUGUUUUCAUUCCCCAUGGACCCGGUGCUGUUCGUGAUGUAGCAAGCCAAAUUCGUGAUGGACUUCUUCAGGCUUCUCAUCACUAGUUUCUACUCCACCAAGCUCUUGUGUCAGGUUUGUCUGUGGACAUACAUGAUAAUGCUCUAUGUAUGUGUGUGGUUGUCUUUCUUUGAAGUAUGUUCAGUGGUUUUGUUAUAUUUGAUAAUCAGACUGUCAUGUAAAUAUUAUCCUACAGGGAACCUAUUGUGAAUGAUAAGUUUUCAACUAUCUAUAUAUAUAUAUACUGGAUUUUUAAGUGUA